ACAUGCGCACAAGUGAAACAUCCGAGAAUCCGCAUGUGUUUGUGACCAUGUGAGUGCCACUGAAGUAGUUGUAGUUAAAUCUAUCAGGCCUGUACUUUCUUACAAAUAGCAGAUUUUUAGCUCCAUAAUGUCAUCUUUCUUUCUAAAGAAGAAGUUCACUCCUGCGACUUUGAAUAAGGGAGAUAAAUCAUCUGCUUUCUUAAAAAGAAAGAGCAAUACAGACGAUGGCCAAGAACGAUCAAAGAAGUCCAGUAAGCGACUGAACGAAGAAAUCUCGAGUGACUCGGAAAAUGAGGGUCCGGCGAACAGAAGACAAGGUGAAAAUGAAAAUAUUGAGAUCGACGAGACGCCACAGGAGAAGAAACUUAGGCUUGCCAAACUUUACCUGGACCAGCUGAGAGAUGAAGAGGAGAAGAAAGCUGAAGAAGAAUCAUUUGAUGCUGACUUGAUAGCUGAAAGACUACAAGAUGAUGUGCUGGAACAGAAAGGCAAACUGCAAAGACUGAUAGCCAAAGAGCUCAUAGCUCCAAAGCCAGAAGAGAUCAGGUUGUUGAGAGGACACAAACUGUCCGUCACGUGUCUCGUCAUCACCCCAGAUGAGAAAUACAUCUUUUCCGCAAGCAAAGACUGCUCCAUCAUCAAAUGGGAGGUGGAGAGUGGAAAGAAGGUGCAUAAGAUUCCAGGUGGACAUAAAGCAAAAGAAGGUCAUGUGGGACACAAAGGGCAUGUGCUGUGUAUGGCAAUAUCAUCUGAUGGCAAAUACCUGGCAACAGGAGACAUGACGAAUUUCAUUCUGAUUUGGGAUGCUCCAUCAUGUAAACACCUGUACAAGUUCACAGGUCACAGAGACGCUGUAUCGGGUUUGGCAUUCAGAAGAGGGACCCAUGACCUCUACAGCGCAUCACACGACCGCUCCGUGAAAGUGUGGAACGUGAAUGAGAACGCAUACGUGGAAACUAUGUUUGGCCAUCAGGACAAGAUCACAGGGCUGGAUUGUUUGAGCAGAGAGAGAUGUGUGACGGCAGGAGGACGAGACGGAACCGUCAGAGUCUGGAAGAUUGCGGAAGAAUCGCAGCUUGUGUUUAACGGACACGACGGUUCGAUUGAUUGUAUCCAGCUGAUAAAUGAAGAGUACAUGGUUACAGGAGGUGAUGAUGGCGCCGUGUCUGUUUGGACUGUUAAUAAAAAGAAGCCGCUGGCCACGGUGAAGCAAGCCCACGGUAUCUGUGGCAACAGCGGUCUGGAGCAACCUCGAUGGUUAUCGUCCGUGGCGGCGUUGCACAACUCCGACACCAUCGCGACAGGUUCCCAUAAUUCAUCAGUGCAGCUUUGGAUGUGUGGGGAGGGAUUUAGAGGCCUGGAUCCUCUCUUCAGUGUCCCUGUGACGGGAUUUGUAAACAGCCUGAAAUUCUCCAGUUCGGGAAAGUUUCUGGUGGCAGGAGUUGGACAAGAGCACAGAUUGGGCCGAUGGUGGAGAAUAAAGGAAGCUAAAAACGGACUUUACAUCAUCCCACUCAAAAGACAAACUAAAGAAUCUGAAGUUGUCCAAUAACAUACCCUUAUAAAUAGAACGUGACAUAACUGUAGAUUAUGAUGAAGUUUUUGUUGCCUUUUUUGUUUUCUUUACAAGACAGAACAGGAUGUGAAAGAGAAUCUAAUUGUCAUUAAAUUUCUAUUGAUGUUA